CGCAACAUGAAUCCUCUGAGCAUUGAUGGAAUGAAUUUUCUCAUAAAAAUGUGAACUUUGUGAAGGUGAGGAUGUUCUUGGCAUGUGUUAAUGAGUAUUUGAGCAUGGUCAGAAUCAUACUGUAUUGCAAUUUAAUGAAUUAAUAUUGUAUUGGACUGUAAAUCAGGAUUUAGGAUUUAUUUUUCUUGCUUAAUUGUAUGUACAUCUUGACACAGUUCUUUACUGUUAAAGUCUAUUUAAUUUAAUUUAAUAUAAUUUAAUUUCCUAUUUGUUAUCUCAGGCAAGCACAUUUGUUUUUGAUUUCAUAUAUAUGGUGAAACUGUUAUGAUGGCAUGCAGUUCCUUGUCUUCUUCCUCUUUGAUUUGGUCUAAUUUGUUUUGUUUUAUGGAAACUUUCUUUUGUCUGUAAUUUUUGUUGGCCUUUUGGAGUUCCCCCAUGUUUGAUGAUGGAUAACAAUCUGGCAGAUAAGUUGACUGGAUAUUUCCAGUCCCUAUGAGUUUCAUCAAUGGCCAUGAAUCAGGCCAAUCAAAGAGUGGAGAGAAUUUCAAGUAGAAAUCAAUUUCGGCUAACAAACAGAAAUGUCUAUAAUAAACUAGAAAAGGAUUGUAAGCGGAGAUAGAAGUUUGAAGCUGUUUUUCCAGAACAAGAAACAAAGGAUGUUGAAAUUGAGAAGGAUUUGAACUCUGGCAAUGGAAUUACCAAUACAAAACAUUGUAAGUCUUCUUCAUUUCUAAUCUAUGAUUGCUCAUUGGAUUCUUGGAAUCUAUCUUCAAUGCUUUCGCUCUUCGAAAAAUCUUCUGAAUGCUUGGAGAGUGGAGAGGACAAUUGUAUUUUUGAUGGAUCCAAGAUUAGCCCAAUGGAGGAAUCAUCAUUAUUAGAAGGUGAUAAUGAUGAAGAAGUGGAGGAUGAGGAAAAUACUGUCAUAUGGCUAAAAAAUUUAGUUGAGAAUGAGGCAAAAGAUUACUCUCCCAGAUGUUUGGAGAGUGGGGAUUCAUCGGUGUUGAGUUCAUGCACAUCACUCAGCACCUGUGAUGAUAUGACUUCUUAUGUUCAUGAUUCAUGCUCUUUGUUAGACCUUGAAGUUGAGGAUUCAGAGUUGACAUGGGAAAGAGAACAAGGUUAUGAUGUUUUUGAAUUGAAUGAUUUUCCGAGUCCAUCAUACAAAGCAAGUAUUCGUCUAUCACUUGGUUCUAAGACCGAUGAAACCAAUACUAGUUGUUCAGAACUUUCUGAUUCUGAUGAACCUCUUUUCUGGCCAUUUGAUCAAAGUACUUAUUGGCAUUCUGAGUUCCAAGAUUUUAUAUGCAUUUCGCCUCGAAGGGAUGUUAAGCCUUCAAUGUUUCCGGUACUUACUAAAUCAAAAUCAGACAGAUGGAUACUACAUCAACAAAGCAAUCACUCAAGCAGCCGAAAAAAUGAUCAAGAAUGUGACAAGAGGAUGGUAUUCCAUUCAACACCAGUUUUAUACUCUUCGAAAGACAAAUUCAUUGGUUCGAGCAAUGCUAUAAAGAAAAAAGUCACAACACCAUCUAGAUUGAAUAUAUCAACUCAAUCUUUUUCUGUUCAACGUCCUAACAAUACUAACACAAAGGAAAAACUUCACAAGUUGAAGAUAAACACACAGAAUCACCAUGUUGAUGUUUUUCAAGACUUUGUUGCAGAGCAAGUUCCAAUUGAGAAAUUAGUGGGUCUGAACGAGUUCGAUGGCCAUGAAGGUGUCGAAUUAGAAUUUGAUGAAACUCAGUUUUUUCUUCUAAGAUCACCUCGCAGGAAUGUGAAUCAAAUAAUUCCCCUGAUUGAUAAUGAGCAGUUCAUUGUUAACGGUGAUAAGGAAUGACUAAUAAUGCAGUUUGCUGCUAAAUAGUUGAAUGCUUGCUUAGCAUUCAAUGCAGGAUAGCAAGUGUUAGAUCAAGUCCUAAAUUUUUCUGUUUUACUUGAGCACAUUUUUCUUCAUUUUGCUUUAGAUUGUAUAUUCUUUACUGAUAAUGAAU